AUGGCAACAUACACGCGUCCUCCACAGCACUGGCCAGCAAACCUGCCAUAUCUAUCCACCGUACAUCUGGACAGUUCACUCACUCCGAGUCAGCGUGAAUUGAUUCAAUCGGUACGUGCCCCGGAGCCGGAUGCAUAUAUCGUGUCCGCUCAAUGUACUUUCUCGCCAAGCUCGAAUCCUUCGGUUGUCGUUGAAUCCAUUAAGUUACCUUCGCACCCAGCAUACCCACAAUCAGGACUGUUCGCUGCCCGUCCGCUGGUCCCCGGCACGCACAUCAUUGACUAUACAGGUCUGCUGCACUCUUGUCCUUUACCUACCUGCAGCACCAGUGACUAUGACCUUGCUUUCCUGGACCGGGAUGCCUCGCUUGCAAUAGAUGGUGCUGGCAUGGGCAAUGAAGCUCGCUUCAUCAAUGAUUAUCAUGGCAUCAGAGACGGGCCGAAUGCGGUGUUCGAGGAGUACUAUGUCAGGGUCAAAGGAGCGAAGGGUAAAGAGAUGUGGGAGGCGAGGAUGGGAGUUUGGGUGAAUCCAUUGAGUAGCGGCAUUGCGAAGGGAGAGGAAGUCUGCUUGAGUUAUGGCAAGGGUUACUGGAGAGCCAGGCUGGGCGCCAUGGAGCAACAGAAGGAAGGUGAUUCUCGCGCUGGAGCAGCGGCAAGAGAUGAGACUGAUUUGAGCGAGGAAGUGAUACCGAUGACGAUUGAGGAUGGGAAGGGUUGA